AUACACUGUUCACAAGGCUCUUUGUCCCUGAUCGCGCAUACACUGUUCACAAGGGGCCCACCGUUUUGAUUCGCAUGACAUGAUAACCUCGUAUGCAGAGUGAAUAACACGAUUAAAGCUUCUCAAUCUCAUUUUAGUACUUGGUUGUCAUUGUCCCUGAUGCACGCCGAAUGACGAUACAUCAGUGCAGAUUGUGUUCGCGAAACCUUACACCAUUACAUCUAUACUGAGAUUCUGGCAGCCUCUGUCUGCAGGUGCGCUUUUCAUUUAUGCAGUGAAUUCAGUCCCAUUCUGCUCACCAAGGCCUGGAUUACGUUGAUGGCAUGGCUUAUGUUGAAGGCCUUACAAUUGUGUGCAUGUAAAUUUGGAAAUAUUGUCCUCUGAGUUGAACAAUUCGGCAAUAAUUUUAUUUUGCAAUUUCUUUCUUUUACGAAAUAACUAUGAAAGUAUAUUGCAUAUUCCGUGCGAUACUUAUUGUUGUGCAUAUUGGAGGAAUAGAAUGUGUGGAAUUCAAGAACAAUGGAUAUGAACUCGUAGUGGCAAUACACAGAGACACUCCAGAGAACCUCAACAUCAUCUCUGAGCUACAGACCAUGUUAACCUCUGCCUCGGACUACCUGUACACUACAACCCGGAAGUACACCUACAUACGACGUGUGACCAUCUUAGUACCAGACACGUGGGGGAGACAAUCGUCCUGGAAAGACGAAGGGGAGAUAACCUUUACUGAUGCAGAUAUCAGAGUUGACUCGUCACAUCCAGCAUGGGGCAAUACUCCCUACACGUUUCAACCCGGGCAGUGUGGGGAGCCAGGCCGCUAUAUCCUCCUGACGUCCGAGUACGUGCUGGACAAUGGAAUCAAUCGUGUCUUUAAUUAUGGGGAUGCUGGUCGUACAUUGGUCCAUGAGUUUGCCCACCUACGGUUUGGAGUCUUUGACGAAUACGGCAUUCCUGGCAGCGACGUCCACCCAGUGGGGUACAUCGACGACACAUCAACAACCCUCCGUCCCACCGCCUGCUCCACUGACAUCACAGGGGACUUCGUCGAUGUCGUCAAGGACGCCGGCUGUGCACCAGUCAGCACCACCAAGCUGUUGAAUGACGAUUGUGCAUUCCUUCCAAGUUCCUACAUGAACAGGGCAACGUCAUCCGUGAUGUACGCACAGUUUCUAAAGGAGGUGGUUAAUUUCUGUGAAAGCAACCCUGAAAGUGGUCGAUUGGAUUUGAAGCAUAAUCCAAAUGCCCCGAACAGGCAUAACAAAAUGUGCAAUGAAAGAGGAACUUGGGAUAUCAUCCGGGAACAUCCAGACAUAAAGGGACGUAACCCCGUUGAUGUUAGCAACAGAAACCCGCAGUUCAGUGUUGUCUAUCGUCAGAAGGAAGCAGUUGGCAACACCACAGUUUGCGGGCGGAGAUUUGUAUUCGUCUUAGAUGUCUCUGGUUCAAUGACUGGCAAUAACAGAUACUUCAGGCUGCGUCAGAUGGCAGACAAGGUCAUCCGAGACGUCCUCCCAGAGGGAACUGAAGCUGGAAUUGUAGUCUUCUCCUCCAGAGCAUCAGUGAUGGCCCCAAUGAGAUUUAUCACUUCUCCCUCGGACAGAGAGGCGCUAACUCAGGAGCUGCCCCAACUGCAAAACUUCGGGGGCAGCACAGCCAUCGGAUUAGGCCUUCUCAAAGCUAUAGAGUUACUGGAGUCAAACGCUAAAUCAGCAGAGAACGGACGGAUAUUUCUCAUCACUGAUGGGGGUGAAAACGUCAAUCCUAGUGUACGCUCCAUAUGGACUAACAUCACAAGAAAGCAGGUUGUGGUGCAUACUGUCGCCUACAGUGACGAUGCUGCACCAAUACUACGACCUCUCUCUGAACUCACUGGAGGCCAGUAUUCCUUCUUUGACGAGAGUUCCAGUUCGACAGCCCUUGAGGGAGCAGCGGAGAGGCUUCUCGAAGAUGUCAGUGUCUGCGAGCAAGAAGCGGAUUCAGCUGUUGAGAUUGACCGCCAUGCCAUACUUUUGAACUCGGCGUUGUCAACGUACGAACGGACGAUCUUGAUUGACUCCACCAUCGGGAACAACACACUGUUCGUCUUUACUCUUUCGAUACUUGCUCAAACAGAGGUCAGCAUUAAAGAUCCCUUGGGGAAUGUCCAAAACCAGGUUUCACCAACAUACAGCAAGGACAAAGCUCUCAACAUCAUCCGGUUCCUCAUUCCUCUGGCCCAGGCUGGGAGAUGGACGUACAGCCUGAAACGUGGGUCAAACUCCGAUGAGUCCGUUGUGGGCGUGGUCAAGUCUCACCCACGUGUCGGAGCCCUUCCCUAUGAGGUGGAGACGUGGAUAAGCUCAAAGGAGUACAACUAUUCAGCAGGCAGUGGGGUUGUUUUGUACACCUACACCCACCAAGGGUACUCUCCCAUCAUCAGAGCCAAGGUGGACGUCACGGUAUCCCGAGCAGGAGAAGCUCCCUUCAAUGUGACCCUGGAGGACAACGGACGAAACCCCGACAACACAGCCAACGACGGUGUGUACAGCAACUACCUACUCGGCUUCAAGUCCAACUCCCGUUACUCUAUGGAGGUUAGGGUGGAGUCGGUGGAGGGACAGACAGUCAUCAUCAAAGCUGGAAAUGCACUUUCUGGAAGAGCCCUCUCAGUUUACCAGAAUAGCACAGCCCCAGUGGUGUACGAGCCGGUGGACGGCUUCAGCAGAACAACGUCACCUGGCGCAAUAGAUAUCCAAGGUUAUGACCCCUUAGUUGAUCAACUGGAUCCGGGUCGGGUCACUGACCUUGACAUCAGCGUAGUGAACAGAAACAGAAGAACCAUCGCUAUCACCUGGACAGCCACUGGGGAUGAUCUUAAUGUUGGCACUGUUUCAAAAUAUGACAUCAGAGUAUCAAGUUCUUUUGAUGCACUUCGUCAGAAUUUCACGGCCUCCUACGAAAUAUCGAACAGCAACAUUUUGAGCGGCAGCCUUACUGCACUUCAGUCAGGCUCGCAGCAAAUGGUUCAGGUCGCGUUGCCUAGCGACCAGACAAGUAAUUUCCACGUCAUUGGUCUGAGAGCUGUGGAUGACUCAAACAGAACGUCACUGAUAUCAAACCUGAGAUCUGUAACAUUUCAAGCAAUCACAAUUCCACAACGAACAACGACCACAACCACUACAACACAAAGGGCAGUCACCACCCCCACAUCGCCCAGGAGGGGCCCAAGUCUCACAUAUAAACCAUCAGAUAAUAAUACAUUGAUUUUUGGAAUUGCGUUUGGUGUAGGAGCAGCACUCAUCAUCCUUCUCAUCAUGAUCAUGUUUAUUGUGUGUAUUAUACCUGGGCGUGAGCAUGUGUCCACUAAUUCUAAGCAUGUUUCUCGUGAGGCUCAUGUAGCACCGAUGACAACAUUGUCUAAGGUGCCUCAAUAUGCUAGGCAGAAUUAUUUUAUCCCUUAGCCGUGCAGGAUCCGCUUAUCGUUGGUUCGAAUUCAAGAUUCGUAUGAUUUGUUAGUACUAUAAUACAUACUCGUGGAUUAGUUGUGAUACGACCAAAGCGGUAGACCUGCGUCAUUUCAAAUUGAGGUUACACGCCCUGAUGGAGCUUAACUAUUGUUGCAAAGAGGAGUUACUCGGCGUUAUAGCCACUCACCUACUCCUAUAGCUACUGGCGGUUAUAUUUUAUUGCUGCUUGUUUCACAAUUGAUUGCAUACCACGUUGCUCAGUUGAUCCAUGACAAUCAAAAAUAUAUCACAUUAUAUUAACUACUAAGUAUACACAGAAGUAAGAAAUGUAAUAUAGAAAUACUAAUGAUAUACUGAUGCAAUCAUUAAUCCAUGCACACGAAAUAUACAUUCCAUAUCCUUGUGCUCAAUAAACCAACUGGUGCUGUUAAGUACAUCGGAUUCAGUGGAAAGGGCCAACUCGAGUCUCUCAGAAUACUAAGAAGCUGCAGUUGCGCCCCUUUUCUUUCAGAGGAUCCGCUAUUAGUGGUUUCGAAACCCACAUUCUCCCUGAUUUUGAUCCUUGGUUUGUUUGCAAGCAUGCUGUGCAGUAAACGUACGCUUCCCAAGAAGACAAAUUUCAGCAAUGAAAGUUGCCGCUUCAGGAGGGUUAAUGUAUGUUUCUCUCAGGACAAACGAUGACAGUGACGCAGAAUAUCAAGGAGUGAAUGAGAUAUCAUAUGUUUGCGUGCUUUGUGUAGCCACAAUAAAAAUAUUUCACCC